GUCGCCGCGGUCUUGGAGCUCAGUGUCCCGCCGCAGCCGCCACUCGGAGCUCUCGGGGCAGCGCGGAGCCAAGGGCCGGGGCAAGCGGGCCGGAGCGUCGGAGCGUGCGGGGGAAGAGGUCCAGGAGCGGGCGACCGGGCUAGCGGAGCCGGGACCGACGCGGACGACGCUCUCGUAAACUUGUGCGCGCGUCGGAGCGAUGAAGAUGGUCGCACCCUGGACGCGGUUCUACUCGCACAGCUGCUGCCUGUGCUGCCAUGUCCGCACCGGCACCAUCCUGCUGGGCGUCUGGUACCUGAUCAUCAAUGCCGUGGUCCUGCUGAUCCUGCUGAGUGCCCUGGCAGAUCCUGAUCAGUAUCACUUUUCCAGCUCUGAACUUGGAGGGGAAUUUGAGUUCAUGGAUGAUGCCAACAUGUGCAUCGCUAUUGCCAUCUCUCUGCUCAUGAUCCUGAUAUGUGCGAUGGCCACGUACGGCGCGUACAAGCAACACGCUGCCUGGAUCAUCCCGUUCUUCUGUUACCAGAUCUUCGAUUUCGCUCUGAAUACCUUGGUUGCAAUCACCGUGCUCGUCUAUCCGAACUCCAUUCAGGAGUACAUACGACAGUUGCCUCCCAACUUUCCCUACAGAGACGAUAUAAUGUCUGUGAAUCCUACGUGUUUGGUUCUUAUUAUUCUUCUGUUUAUCGGCAUUAUUUUGACAUUUAAGGGUUACUUGAUAAGCUGCGUCUGGAGCUGCUACCGAUACAUCAAUAGCAGGAAUUCCUCUGACGUCCUGGUUUAUGUUACCAGCAAUGACACCACGGUGCUUUUGCCUCCGUAUGAUGACGCCAAUGCUGUGACCGGUACAACCAAGGAGCCACCACCACCUUACGUGUCUGCCUGAGCGGAGCAGAGGAUUUGGGAGCAGCAGUUGAGUCUGCAGCUGCCUUCUGUGAUGUCACUUCCUCCUGUGAUGUCACUUCCCAGAUGAGCUCUCUGAGCCUGUCUGUUGUUAAAAUACCACAUUUUACAAUUUAGAUGUUAAGUUGAAGCCUCUGUUGUUUGGAACAUCUGCUGUAGCUAGAACACCAGAGUAGCUGUAGAUUUUGGUGGGGGUCUGGUUCAAUGAUCUCUCUUAGUCUUUCCCAGAGCUGUAGGUGGCCUUCCCAGAGGCUGGUUUGUAGCUGCCUGGCCCCACAGCUGGGCACUCAGUCACACCGUUUCUCUCCAUUCCUUCUGACUCUCUUGAAAGUAUAAAAUAAAAAUUAGAUAGUACUUAAACCAUUCCAAUAUAUACAUAUAACAAACCCUAAUACAAAUAAUAUUAAUUGUUCUAAUUAGGUAGUAAGGAGCCCUUACAUAUAUGAUAGAAGAAUUUCCCUACAAUCCCCAAAUUCUAUUCUGAAUUUGCUGGUCAAGGAUUUACCUUGUGCUAAAUAAAGGCCGAGAAGUAACACCAAACAGAGCGGGUGGGAACCUGCUGCCCAGGGUGUCUGUUCAGGGUUGGCCUGUUUGGCACCGAAGAGCCCACUUCUCCUCAGUGUGUUUGCCCCAGCAAAAGAAGUGCCCAUGAGUGUUUGUCUAGAAGAAUGGAAAAGGGUUUUUCACCCUCUCUCCUCGGAAGAUACAUUCUACUUUGGGUUUCUUUUUAAGUAUGUCUAAUCACCUAUUAAAAUGUCAAGUGGUCUUCAGAAAGAUGAGGAGGAUCGCUCCCUUGAGGAUGCUCGAGACUGGAUUGGAAAAAAUGUUUCUGUCUCUGAAAGCGAGCAGCUGUCCUGCCUGUUUCGUCACAGAAUGUGCUGUACACACAGCUUUGCAAUUAAAGUUUGUCUGCAU